AUGGCCUCCACCGACGCAGGAGUAGAUCUGUGUGCAUACCCCGCGGGGACGCCACCGGGCCUCCAAGCGUCUAACCUAGUGAAUCCGCCCUCAUUAGCUGCGACUACGAUCGCGGUGACGACGGUGACUUUGGUCUGGGCCACAGCUCUCACGGGAGCCAGAGUGUCUACUAGACUUCGCAAGCUGGGUUUGGCUGAUUACUUCGUGAUCAUAGCUUUGGUGUUUUCAGCAGCAUAUGUGGGGUUGAUCUUAGCAAUGUUGAAGUUUGCCCGGCAUCAAUGGGAUAUUCCCGCUUGUUGGUACAAUGGCGCGUACAUGAAGAUGCUAUACGCCUCAAGCACUGUUCUAUGCCCCACAAUAUUCUUCGCCAAGUUCUCCAUCUUCCUCCUAUAUCUAGAGAUCUUCACCAUCCACCAGGCCAUGCGAAUCGCCAUCUGGGUCGGGAUGGUGUUCACCUUUCUCCUGUACUGGGUGGGCAUUCCUGUGCAGACCUAUUUCAGUGCACCACACAUCGGCGAAACGUGGGAAGAGCUACUCUACAACGGCAGGCCCCAUCGCUUGCCCUAUUGGGCCGUUGUCCAGGGCGCAUGCUCCGUGGUUUUGGACAUCUAUAUCUUGAUCUUACCGCUUCCGCUGCUGGCGCAACUGCAAAUGCCGAACAGCCGGCGGCUACAGUUGUUUGUAAUCUUCUCUACAGCGUUGAUGGGUGUCGUCGCCAGUGUCUGCGCACUCGUCUUUCGGGUGCAGCUGCUGACCACGAGCGAUACUGCGUAUGUUCAGAGUGCGGUUUUCAUCUGCAUCAUUGUCGAGAACAACGUCGCGAUCAUCGUCAGCUCGAUGCCAUUCUUCCCGUCUUUCCUCCGCAAGCACAUCCUAGAGACAGAUCUGUUCAAGAGCCUGCAGUCCAAACUGACGGUUCUGCGACGUAGCUCGAGCCGGUCCGGGUACAUGCAAGGAUCGCUGGUAGAGCAGUCAAGCAUUGAGGGCAACGGCUGGAAACAGUCUCGCAGGAAUCUGCUGAAAAAGGACACUCCAAAUCAGAUGCACGAACUUGGGGAUGUACCCAAGUCGGUGGUGGCGGUUCAAAUUCAUGCAGGGAGUCGAAGGACGAGUAUUCACGCGGAAAGGGGGAUUAACCGGGAGGUGAACAUUGAGCAGGAUACUCAUUCAAUUGUGUAG